CAGCAUUAAGAGAGAGCGAUAACGCACCGAGGAAAUGAGCGCAGAGCGCCGGGAACGAUCAUUAACUGGAGCCUGGUUUGGCGUUUAGGUUCACUUUGAGGAAUUCAGCAGCAAAAUGUUUUCCUUGGAAAUAAAAUCUGCUUUUUGGGUUCUUGUUUAUCUCCUUUCUGCUGCUGCUGCGUUGCCUUCAAAAAGUAACGCCACGGGACCACGAACCUUUAUCCUUGGUCCUGGUCCUUUCACAGAUGAGCCAAUACCUUUGCCAACCGAUUAUAUAGAUGGAGAUGGGAAACCGGACCUUCCACAAAACCGUACAGUACAGAACAGAACAGAAUUGAGACUUUAUCUUUCUGAAGAAGCGUUUCAAUUCCUGACUGGUCCUGUUUCCACGUUGAUCAUGCCUUCUUUCUACACCUUGGUGUGCUGCAUCAGUGUGCCCAUCAACCUCUGCGCUGUGCUUGCCUUCGCUCGGGGGAUCUGUCCCAAGAAGCCCGCAGCGAUAUACAUGCUGAACCUGGCCUGUGCCGAUUUGCUCUUCGGCCUCAUGCUUCCCUUCAAGAUAAUCUACCACUUCUGGGGCAACAACUGGAUAUUCGGCCCGUACCUGUGCCAAGUGGUCACCGCCAGCUUUUACUGGAACAUGUACUGUUCUGUCCUUCUCAUAGCCUGCAUCAGCGUAGACCGCUUUCUUGCAGUUGUCUACCCCAUCGAAUCUCUGACUUGGAGGAAGCCAAAGAGCGCCAUCAUAGCCUGUGUGACCAUGUGGGUCCUGUCGUUCGCUGCCUCUGUGCCUCUCGUCACCUCCGACCAGACCGCUUACCUCCCGCAGUUGAACAUCAUCACCUGCCAUGACGUCCAACACUUUGGGCGGAUUUUCUGGUUGAAGAUGUAUUUCAUUGCCGUCUUUUUCUCCCUAUUCUUCCUGCCUUUUAUUGUCACGGUGGGCUCUUACACAAAAGUUAUCUGGACACUGAGCAGAGUGCCACACGGGCUUACAGGAAGUAUACGCAAAAAAACGAGAGCAGUGAUGAUGGCCUUGACGGUGUUGGUGAUUUUUGUGCUGUGCUUCAUGCCUACAAACUGCCUCCUGCUAGCACACUACUUUAUGCUUAAUAAGGAACUCAAGGACGUCAGCGAGGCCCAAGACGGCUUCUACGGACUCUACUUGAUGUUUCUGUGUUUGGGCAGCCUGAACUGCCUUCUGGAUCCUCUCGCCUACUACUUCGGCUCUUCCCAGUGUCAGAGACAGCUGUCUAACAUGCUGAAGUGUGGAAAGUUGAAGAGGAGUGGAAGCAUCACCCAUGCAUCGUCUGACUCCUGCAGGUCCAGCAUCAGACCCAUUCUGAAAUCCAGCUGCACUGAAUCCUCCAAAAUAACCUCGUCAAUAAGCAAAACAAGCUCGUUGGAAGCAAACCUAGACAGCCAGUACAAGAAGCUGCUGGUCUGAUCGGUGAUAUGAUCAGUUUGUGAGCCCUAAUAACUGAAUCUCACCUGUACAGAAAGAUGUAAAGUUAAAGUAUAAAAUUAGCACUUCUUGUUGAGCUGCCAGUAGAAAGUUAUUUACUUAAAUGGCAGGUAAACAAACUUCUUGUACUACUAGAAACACUUGAGGUUUCAGGAGGAGAAAGCUACACAUGCAGAUGUAAUAUCUGUGACAUUUAUAGAGCUAAAUCUUUAGAAUGAUACGCUUUACCUUUUGCACUCGACAUUCACUUUUGUACAUACAAUUUUACUAUUUCUUUAAGUUUGUAAACAGGCUGUUGCAUUUAAUGCUUUAUUUUUGUGUAUUUAGUUUUUAAGAUGAGUCUAGUUUAAGGAACAGUGCAAAGAUAUCAGCCUUGAGUUUUUAUCUUUUCAGAAAUGUACACUUUUUUCUUUUUAAUAUGCAUGUAUAGAUUUUUGUUUUUUGUGUCU